GCGCCCCCCGGAGCCACCCCCCGUCCCCGUCCCCUCCUUCCUCCCCCCCUCCCGUCACAGCCGCAGGCGCCCGGGGCGCGGGCGCGCAUCGCUACCGCCCGCUGACGGAGCGGCUGGGCGCGGGGACGGCGCUGGCGUUUUGGAGGGAGUUUGCAUGUGGUCAGCGCCGUGUUGCUAAGCCAGCCCCCAGCUCACAUUACACACUACUGUAUUUAUAACCUCUCGGAGCUGUUUCCCCCUUCAAGCAGUUCUCUGGGACCACCUUCUAUUGGCUUCAACCUCUCCCGCUUCUUGACAUCUGGGCGGCUCUGAGAAAGGCUCAUCUAGGUCCGAGUGUUUAUGCAGCGGAGACUGGCCGCUAGGGCUAAAGACCUGGAUUAUCUGAGCUCAGCCGCCGGCUGCAGGGUCUGUCGUUGCCGUUUUGGAAAAAAAAAAAUCUCGACCCCAGCCUGUUUACAGUGAAAGUUGACAAAGGGUGGUGAAGUUGGAUCUUUCCUAAACUCUCCUGCCGCGAACCUGAGACUUGCAUGCCAUGGAUCACACACUCUUUGGCUGCCUGCGCAGCCCCCAUGCCACUGCGCAGAGCUUGCACCCUUUCUCCCAGUCUUCUCUUGCCCUGCAUGGAAGAUCUGACCACAUGUCCUACCCUGAUCUGUCUUCUUCUUCUUCCUCUUGCAUAAUAGCGGGAUACCCCAACGAGGAGGGCAUGUUUGCCAGCCAGCAUCAUAGGGGGCACCACCACCAUCACCAUCACCACCACCAUCACCACCAACAGCAGCAGCACCAGGCUUUGCAGACGAACUGGCACAUUCCUCAGAUGUCGUCUCCUCCCGCCGCGGCCAGGCACAGCCUCUGCCUUCAGCCUGACUCAGGAGGACCCCCGGAGCUGGGCAGCAGCCCCCCCGUCCUGUGUUCGAACUCUUCCAGCCUGGGCACUAACACCCCCACGGGGGCAGCGUGUGCACCAGGGGACUAUGGUAGGCAGGCUCUGUCCCCAGUGGAAACAGAGAAGAGGUCCGGCAAAAGGAAAAGCGACAGCUCAGAUUCCCAAGAAGGAAACUACAAGUCAGAGGUCAACAGUAAACCCAGGAAGGAAAGGACAGCUUUCACCAAGGAGCAAAUCAGAGAGCUAGAAGCAGAAUUUGCUCAUCAUAACUAUUUGACCCGGCUGAGGCGAUAUGAGAUAGCAGUAAACCUUGAUCUCACUGAAAGACAGGUAAAAGUUUGGUUCCAAAACAGACGGAUGAAAUGGAAGCGGGUAAAAGGGGGCCAGCAAGGGGCAGCAGCCCGGGAGAAGGAACUGGUGAAUGUGAAAAAGGGCACACUGCUGCCUUCCGAGCUCUCUGGCAUUAGCGCAGCAGGUCUCCAGCACACAGGGGACUCACUAGCAAACGAUGACAGCCACGACAGCGAUCACAGCUCUGAGCACGCACACUUAUGAUACACAGAGAGUGUUCCAACUCCGUUCUCAGGAAAGAUGCUUUGCUGGCAAGCCUUACACAGGCAUCGUUUACGUAUGCAAGUGACUCUGGCAAUGAUUUUAAAGAUGUUAUGGAAAAUUUAGGCUUAUUGUGUCUGCUUUUCUUGAUUUUUAGAUGGUUUAUGGUAAGUGCCAUGUCUUAAAGGUGCCUCAAGAGUGGAGAAGUGGAAGAUGAACUUACUUUGAACAUUCCAGAUUUGUUUGUCAUGUUUAUGACAGCGGGCAGGUAUUUUUGCUUUAGCUUGCACUGAAAAUUACAUUGCUCUCAACAGACAUUAUAUUCUGAAAACCACAAUGCCACAAAAUCACUAUCUAGUGGAUAAGAAAUGUAUUUUAACUCUGUAUAUAUUUACCUUACAGCAUUUUUCUGUCUUCACUAAUUUUAGCAAUGCAUUCAUAUUAGCUGCUGGCAAUAGUCACUCAUGACAAUAAAUGGCUUUUUGUCUCUUUAUUUUUGUUUUGUUUUUCCAAAGACAUACAAUACAUGCAGAUACUGUUGUUCAAGUAAUGAAAAAAACAAUACUGUCUGUGAAGACACCUCCUUGUAUGACAGACAAAGCAAACCUUAUGUUGCAUUUACUAUCAACUGCUGCUAAUAGGGUAUUAUUAAACUUACCUAGCUCCUCAGUUCUUCUUAUCUUAUAACUGCAAAAAAAAUGACUUUUAGGAUCAUAACGAUAGUCCAGUAACCUGCCAAAAACUGCCAUGUUCCACUCAUACUUGGUGGAAAUUCUCCAAAGGAAUAUACAUUUCUACGUUUUCGUAAUUGAAUAUGUUGAUAGUUACUGACAAUCUGCAGAAAUGUUGUUGCUUCAUCUUCAGUAUAAAACCAGCAGAUAUGCUGGAAGUUAUUAUCAACUGCUUACGUUGGUAGAAAUCAAAAUAUGAAGGUAACUCACUAUUGUGUCCUAUGUGUAAAAUCAAGACACAUUUUCUAUUCCAGGCUUUUGUGUAUAUACAGGCAAAUACCAAACCCCAAAAUUUAAUGCAAAACAUUGAUUGUACUUUGUAAAGAAAUAUGUUUAAUAAAUAAUCCUUUUUAAAUAAA